AUGUCAAGAGAAGCCCCAUUGAAAGCAGAAAAAGAUUAUACCAAGAUAUUGGAGGAAGAAUUUCCACAAAUCGAAAUAAUCGCUAAAACUGAUUAUAAAAGGGCUCUAGAUCAGUUAUUAAUUUUGGAAAAAAAAACACGUCAGGCUUCAGAUUUAGCUUCCUCUAAGAAGGUUUUAAAUAAUGUUGUGGAACUAUUAGUUAAUAAUAAUGAUUGGGAUUUAUUAGAUGAACAAUUAAUUUUGUUAUCUAAAAAACAUGGUCAAUUGAAGUUAUCUAUACAAUAUAUGAUUCAAAAGGUUAUGGUUUUUUUGGAAAAGUUAGACAAGAAAAAUGUUAAAAUCAAAUGUAUUGAAACCAUUAGGACUGUUACAGAAAAUAAAAUUUAUGUUGAAGUUGAAAGAGCUCGAGUCACGAGAGAGUUAGCCCACAUUAGAAGAGAAGAGGGUAAAAUAGACGAAGCAACCGAUUUACUAUGUGAAUUACAAGUUGAGACUUAUGGUUCCAUGGAAAUGAACGAAAAGAUUGAUUUUGUUUUGGAACAAGUGGAAUUAAGUAUUUUGAAAGGUGACUAUUCCCAAGCUACAGUUCUAUCUAGAAAAAUAUUGAAAAAAACUUUUAAGAACGAAAAGUAUGAAGCCUUGAAAAUCCAAUAUUACAAUUUACUAGUUAAAAUUGCAUUACAUGAAAAAAAAUAUUUAGAUGUGGCUCAAUAUUUCUUGGAAAUCUAUAAUACUCCAAGUAUUAAGACCGACGCAAAUAAGUGGCCUAAGCUUUUACGCCAUAUCGUGUUUUUCUUGAUAUUAGCGCCAUAUGAUAAUUUACAAAGCGAUUUAUUGCAUAAAAUUCAAUUAGAUAAUAAUUUGAAAAGACUGGAAAAUGAAGAAUCUUUAGUGAAGCUAUUUACCACAUCUGAGUUGAUGAGAUGGGAGUCUUUAAAAGAUACUUAUUUGAGCUUGUUUGAGAACGAUGGACUUGCUUUUAAAGAUAAAGCACAUUGGGAAGAUUUGCACAAAAGAGUUGUUGAACAUAAUUUGAGGGUUAUUUCCAAGUACUAUAGUAGAAUUACUUUGCAAAGAUUAAACCAAUUAUUGGAUUUAGACGAACAUAAAACUGAAUCCUAUAUUAGCAAUUUAGUAAAUCAAGGCAUAAUUUAUGCUAAGAUUAAUAGACCUGCUAAGAUUGUAAAUUUUGAAAAACCAAAGAACUCUAGCGAUUUAUUAAAUGAAUGGUCCAAUAAUAUAGAUGAACUAUUGGGCAAUAUCGAAACUAUAAGUCAUUUAGUUACGAAAGAAGAAAUAUUGUAUGGCUUAUAA